AUGUCCAUGAUGGCCACGAUCUCAGCUCCUCCUGCCGCCUCCAAAGAAGUCAAGGUCAGGACCGGUCCAUCGACCUUUGCGGCCGUGCCAGCUUCGGAGAUUGCUCCGCAGUGCCCGGUGCAGCAAGACCAGGGUAGAUGCUGGCGACUCCUUGGCAGCGUGCUGGUGAGUGCGGCUGUAUGCACGAAGGCAACGCGGGCACAAAGAGUUCGACGACUCUGCAAGCCUGUAACGACGAUGCGCGAGCAGGCAGAGCUUCUGGUCAGCGACCGCAAAGCUUUGCGGAUUGGGAACGGCGAUCUCGAGUCUCUGAUCUCAGAGGAGGAGCGCGAGACGAUGACUCAGAAGGCUGACACACUCCAACCCUACAGGCAGUAUGUCCUCUUCGCUGCCUUCGGAUUAAUCCUGGGGGCUGGAAACGAUUUGUUUUGGCUGGUUUUCCAGCCCUCUUUCUUCACGAAGGGCUUCCUGCCAUCAGGGAGCACAGAUGAUUCGCAGUUUUCGCGGCUGCUGGUGAUCUUUGGAUUGGCAGCGGUGGGUGCAGGCCUCUACUACGUGGGGAACGUGGUCCUCGCACCUGCCGAGCUGCCUUCCGUUGAGGCCGUCAUCAGCGAGGAGGAGUCUGGUGAUUCCGUCGAGGAGGUGGAGGAGAGUCGGAUGUUCUACCGACUGCAGGGCAGGUGGUACUAUGGGCUGAACCUCGGUCAGAGCUACUCGAUCUCGAAGUGCCGCGACGGAAGCUGGAAGUUCGAGGAGGAGCUCGCUGGCAGGAG